UUGACAACACAAUUUUAUUGUAAUCCUUGGUCUAGGAUUGUAAUGAUAACAAAAACAAGCAAUACUUAUUUACAAAAGAAUAAUUUAUUUUUACAUUUCCAUAAUUAUACUGCGGCGUGAGAGAUAAUCACUUUCUGAAAAAGAAAAGUCAAAAAUAACAUUAUUGGAAUUGGUAACUGUAAUAUAAAUAAUUAGAUUAAAUAUACGUAAAUAGGUAUAUGGUUAUUAAAAACUAUUUAAAAUUCUCAUAACAGAGGUGUUUAGGUACUAUAGAUAAGAAAUAUGAAGUAGGUAGGUAUCUAAAUAUUUCUUACUUUAAGUCGUCGCGACGAAUGUUUCAAAUUGCGUUAUCAAUGUCGAAUGUCAAAAACCGAUAUCUCGACAUCCGGUUAAAAAACGUUAGGUUAGGUAGUCAGUAGCGUAUCAUUUACCUAACAUUUCACGUUUUUUAAUUAUCAAACGACAUUUCGACAACACAUUGUAUACUGAGUUAAGAGUUAAAAGUAGUAACAUGUAUGGUCAUAAUUCUUCUGUUUUUAAAAAUUUAUGUUUGAGAACUCCUAAAAACCCUACUAGUGACCAUCCUUUACCAACUUACGAACAAAAAUAUUUGAAUCAUUUGAAAAACGAAGAAAACAAGAUUAGUUUGGAGAUAAAUGAGAUGAAAAAUAGGAUGGUUGACCAGAAGGAAUCUUUUAAAAAUUUCAUCGAUUUUUUUGAUAGCAUUCCUGAGUAUGAUGAAAUUAAUCACCUCUCCAAUAAAGAGUUUUAUAAAAAAUUGGAAAAUUUGAAAGAAAAGCAAAAAACUUACUAUGAAUUGAUAAAUGAUGAUUUAAAAUUUGAUAAUAAGGAUGCAGAAUGGAUCUCGGACUAUAAAAAAUUAAACAUAGGUUCUAAAAAGUCACUAAGUGGUUUCAAAAAGAAAUCUAGCAUUGAACCGUUCUGUACAACACCUAUUUUAUCAAAAAACCUAUCUAGAAACAGAAACUUAGAUUAUGUUGACUUCACAGGAUGUUAUGACAAUCAGGAGACAACGAUUUGGGAUAAAGAAAUGGUGGUAAAACCACCAUCAAGAAGAUCAGUAAGGAUUGAAACACCAAUUUCUUCUGAAACUCCUGAAUCUGGCUUUAGAACCAAAUCCAAAUGUGGCAAGAAAAAUAUUUGGGAUGAUUUGACAUUGGAAGAGUUAAAAUUGGAUCUUGAGGAAGACUUACCACCAUUGGAAACAAAAAGUGCCCCUACAUCACCACGAAAAAAAGACCUAUGGGGAGAAUCCGGUAUCACCAUACCAAAACCAUUCCAAAUGACGGUACGCGAUGAGGAAAACAAGAUUAUUGAAGACGUUAUGUUGAAAGUAAACAAACCACAAAAUAAAAAUGAAAAACAUGAUCUCUUCAAAGCUCAUGACAUUCCGAUAGAAUCCCAAAUACCACUAUUUGAUAAAAUAAUGGAGGACCAAGAGAGGAAAAAUUAUAUCGUCAGGGAAAAACGUAAAGCUGCUCUACAAGCUCAAAUGCGACCUUUUUCAUUUACCAGGAGGGAUGAAGAAUUACAAGCUUUGACAAGAAGAUUCUCCAAAAGUACUCCAAGUUUAUAUUUAGACGACCCACCAAUCAAAAUAAAGAAAUUUAAGGCCAAACCUGUACCAAAGAAUUUGUUUAGUAAUUAUAUUUAUAAGAAAAUGCACGAGGAUGAGUUCUAUAGAGCUCUUCAAAAAAAAAUCAGGGCAGAGGAAAUGCUUAAAGCUGCCUCCUUACCACCGUCAAUGUCAAAAAGGGAAAAACGUAGAUCAAAAAUGGACGUAUGUCCUAGAUCAUAUAGAGACCUCGAAAAUCAGUCUAAAGGAACAACAAAAACCAAAAAGAAGGCAAAACCUUCUAACUUUAAACUAUCGCACGACCAAUUCGAAAAACAACUUGAAGAACUGAAGAACGACUUCAUUUCAACCAGUCCUAGACCUUUUAAAUUGAGUACUAGCAAAAGAGCAGACAAAAAAGGUAGAAGAUAUAGAAAUUGCUCUGCAAGCAGCAAAAGUUCAGAUACUAGAACAUGCUCCUCAGCUGAUCUACAGUCUGUUAAUAGGUCAAAUUUAGCAGCGGUUUUGAGAAUACAAUCGGCAAGACAAAGACUUGAAAUGGAGAUGUGUCAAAAAUUGGAAGAAGCGAAACUUAAAGAGGAAGCCAGAUGGAAAGAAAAACUAAUGAGGAAAAAACCUGUGUGGCAAGCUUUAGCGUACAGUCACGAGGAAGAUUUGCAGAUAAGACUUCAAUUGAGGCGCGAAGAAGAAAAAUUAAGGAAAGAAGAACAUCACUUGAGGAUGCAGCUGAUGUUAGGAAGAGUUCAUCAGCAGCCUACAUUAUUUGAACGACAAUCACAGGUGAAGUAUCCAAUAACAAAAGAAGACCUAAUAAACGAGUUAUAUAAGGGUUAUAAUGUUAAAAGAAGUCCCAGACGAUGUUUAAGCGAUCUAUCGGAUAUAAGGUCUAUGGUUGAGGUUAAAGAUGAGGCAAUUCAAACCUUCGGAGGUGAAAAUACGGAAUCUGAUGUCAGUAAAGAAAGUCGUCCUGAAGAAAAAGAAAAAUGCGAUUGUUUUGAUGAUUAGAAUAAAGUUUUUUUUCUUAUAAUUAAAGUAGUGGUUCAUUCUUAAGUAGCAUUCCGAAAUGUGUUCGUAAAAUAAUAAAACAAAAGAUUAAGUGUUAAAAUACAGUAUUUCAAUAAAAAUAAGCAUCCCAAAGAUAAUUACUCUCUAUUUUAAGUGUUUUCCGCCUAUUAACCCACUGUAAAUUGUAGUAAAUAUAAUUUGGAUUGUUUUCAAAUUUAUGCCAACUCGCAAUAAAUAUUAUUCAGUAUUGAAUUGUUACAA